AUGUCUUCUCGACGCUCCGCCUCUGGAGGAUCUCCCAGCACCACUGCCGAGAUCGCGCUCCUGCCGGCCCUGAAGAACUGCUUCGUAAACCUUCCUGCAUCUCUGGUGGGAUUGCUUGUCAACAGCAACACGGCGGUUCAAAAUGUCGUUGUCGAAAUUGCAUACAAAUCCACCACGGGCGAUCCAGCCAAAAGCAAAGCUGCGACUUCUGCGACCCAGUCGGUUUACUUUGGGUGGACGGGAAUGCAGUCAAAGCCGAAACUCGCUCCGGUCGUAGGUAAGGAUGGCAUAAGAGGAGGGACGGGAAGGCAUGAGCAGGAGGUGGCCGUCGUGGAGAUUGAUGCUACAUUCGCGAGGCUUCUGGGAUUGAAUGAGGGUGCAAAGGUCAACAUCUCGCUACACAUUGAUCCGCCUUUGGCGCAUACGGUGAACAUUGAGCCGUUGACGGCCACCGACUGGGAGAUCAUCGAAUUGCAUUCUUCUUUCUUGGAGAUGAACUUCCUCAGUCAAGUGCGCGCUCUACCUAAUCCCGCCGUCGGACACCCGCAUCCUCUCAAGCUGCAUUUGACGCCUACAUCCACCGCCAACAUCACGGUCACUUCACUCACGCCCACACCAUCAAGUACGCAACCUUUCGUCAAGAUCUCGCCUGAUGCUGAAGUUAUCGUUGCUCCCAAGACCCGGAAAGCGCGGUCCUCCUCACGACCCGAGAGCACAAAAGAUGCACGAAGCACCACGAGUGGGAAGAAAAGUGUGGGUGGGAGAAGCACGACUAGUACCGUCAGGCACAAGAGCCAGCAUGAUAUCGAGAAAGCACGACCGCCAAUUUUCCUCCGAGGUGUCACACGGCAGCUUCGAAAUGAGUGGUUUGAAGACGAGACUGAAGAGAUGAAUGAUGAAGGACUCAAGAUCUGGCUGGAUCGGGAACAUCUCCACUCCAAGACCCUCCGUGGUGUCACCUGGGUCUCGGUGGCUGUGGUCAAGCCCGCCGGUCUGCAAGAACCUGUCGAUCCUCAAAGUCAACCCGCUCCUGAACAACAACCCGCCUCAAAAGUCGUUGCGAAGCUAUGCACUUGGGAAGAUGCCCCUGACAGCCGGCAUGUCGCUCUCUCGAGUCUGCUCUGCGCUGCGCUCGGAUCGACAGGUAUUGUGGGAGGAAUUGUCCGCAUUGAUGCCGCGCCUCCACCGCUUCCACGUACCGCAUCGGCAUUGAAAGAGCCCUCACAGCAGGCCAGCAAGGAUGCCAUUGUCAAAAAGCUACGUAUCACACCUUUCGCGGCCUCUGCCGCGCAGAAGAAGACGUCUGGAAUCCGCUUCGGCGGCGAGUCAAAGACGGAACGAGAAGAAGCUGCGUUACGAGUGAAGUCAUUGUUUGGCAAAACUCUGCUCGAUGGACCUUUGACCGAUGGUAUGCUACUACCGCCGCAUGCAGGCUGGCCAGGUGGCAUCCUAGACUUCGAACCUGUACCGCCAGGCGACCCCUCCAAAGCCCGAACAAAUUGGCUCUUGGGCGGUGAUCGAAAACUGGACGUGGUCAUGCAACCCGAGACGGCGAGAACCACAGGUCCGCAAUGGCCGCCAGGUGAGAAGUUGGUCGAGGAAGUACCAGAGAUGGUUGGAAUCGAUGCGCUCAUCGAGCAGACUCGCAAAAGCCUUCUACACACAUCGUCAGUGCUCCUUACUGGCGGUCUCGGAUCGGGAAAAACUUCCCUCACACAACUCCUUGCGAAUCAAUUGCGCAACGAGUAUCUUUUUAACGUCAUCCAUCUUUCUUGUCGCACACUGGUUACCGACGAGACUCGCGUGAAGACCAUCAAGGAUACGUUACACCGUGUCUUUGCAGCAGCUUCAUGGGGCGCUCGCCUCGGCGGUCGCGCACUUGUUGUCCUCGAUGAUCUGGACAAACUUUGCCCGACAGAGACCGAACUUCAAGUUGAUGCAAAUGGUCGUAGUCGACAAGUUUCGGAGAUUCUCUGCACAGUCGUCCGGGAAUGGUGUGGCCGGGAUUCCGGCGUCGUGAUGCUCGCCACUGCCCAAGCAAAGGAGUCGCUGAACAACGUCGUUGUGGGUGGUCACGUUGUUCGUGAUAUCGUCGCCUUGAAAGCACCAAACAAGGAUGGACGUAGGAGGGUUCUAGAAAUGUUGAUUCGCCAGUCCCAACAAUACGGUGAACAAAACGGCGGACCCCGAGAUUCCGCCAACAAAAAUGCAUCCGACUGGAUGGAGAGCUCGGUUUCUGACGGAGGGCCCUCUUCAGCCGAUGACAGCAGGAAUGUCAGCAACGAGUCAGAUCUGGAUCUCCUCACCGUCGCUGGACAAACCGACGGGUACAUGCCUGGUGAUCUGGCUCUCCUCGUCUCUCGAGCACGCAGCGAAGCGCUCAUCCGAACAGUCACCAACGAUUCGCUGUCAGAUGAGGUUGUCUUGACAAGUGGCGACUUCGAUGCCGCGCUCAAAGGAUUCACGCCAGCUUCACUACGCGGUGUCACAUUGCAAUCUUCCCGAACCACAUUCUCCGCAAUUGGUGGUCUAAAGGAGACCCGACAGACCCUGCUCGAGACCUUGCAAUACCCAACAACAUACGCGCCGCUCUUCGCCAAGUGUCCCCUGCGUCUUCGAUCAGGUCUCUUACUGUACGGGUAUCCCGGUUGUGGAAAGACACUGCUAGCCUCUGCCGUCGCAGGUGAAUGCGGUCUUAACUUCAUCUCUGUCAAAGGACCAGAAAUCCUGAACAAAUACAUCGGUGCCUCCGAGAAGAGUGUACGUGAUCUCUUCGAGCGCGCCGAGGCUGCGAAGCCUUGCGUAUUGUUCUUUGAUGAGUUCGACUCGAUCGCGCCGAAGCGUGGCCAUGACAGUACCGGUGUCACAGAUCGUGUGGUCAACAUGUUGCUCACCAUGAUGGACGGCGCCGAAGGUCUCAGCGGUGUUUAUGUCCUCGCCGCCACUUCACGUCCAGAUCUCAUCGACCCUGCUCUGCUACGUCCAGGUCGUCUAGAUAAGAGCUUGAUCUGCGACAUGCCUAACGCCGAAGAUAGACUCGACAUCCUGACAGCCAUCACCGGUCAACUCAAACUCGACCCAGCCGUCCACCACGCUCGCUCGGGGAGCUCCCAAAGUCUCGAAGAAGUCGCCCGCCGGACAGAAGGCUACUCCGGCGCCGAUCUCCAAGCCGUCAUGUACAACGCACACCUCGACGCCAUCCAAGACGUGCUCGGCAGCGACGCCGCAGCCAACGACUUCGGCAAGAAGAAAUCCGGCGGCGCCAACUCCUCGCGCUCAAACGUCGACUUCACCGUCUUCCGCGCCGGCGACAUCCCCACCGCCAACGGCGCCUCUUCCUCCUCCACCCCAUCCCAACCUCCCCAACUCCCCGCGGCCCUCGCCGCCGAACGCGCCAACAUCGCCGCCCGUCUCGCCUCCAUGCAAACCGCCCGCCGCAAAGCCCGCGCCGAGCGCCACGUCUCCACUUCCUCCAUCGCCUCGACAUCCACAGGUAAAAAUGAGGAGCCGGUCAUCCAGUGGAGACAUCUUCUCCGGAGUAUGGAGACGACGCGUGCGAGCAUCAGCGUACAGGAGAGGAGAAGGCUGGCGACGAUUUAUAAGGAGUUUGUGGUGGGUAGGAAUGGCGAGAUGUCAGAUGGGCAGGGACCUACUGAGAUUGGAGGACGGACGAGUUUGAUGUAG